CCUCUGCCUCAUCUGCGAGCCACCACUCGAUCACUGCGAUAAGGCCACGCACAAGACCAUACGACGGAUUCACGGAAGAGGUCGUCGUGGUCGUCUCCUACAGUCCUACCAAGUCACCGGCGGCGCGCAUCGGCAUGGCCGCCUUACUCCACCAAGCGGCUCUCCAGCCACCCCAUCCCACCGCAAACCCCUAUCACCCAUGGACGACGCACGGCUCCGCAGCCGCCACGUCCAUCCUCUCGCCACCGACCUCCAGACGACGGCAAGCCCCAGCCCGGCGGCUACACGCAGCCGGCGACAGCGCGAGCACGGACGCGCCGGCCAGCUCCAAGGAGAAGACGAGCCGCAAGGAGAAGCAGCGGCAGCAGCAGCGUCUGCGGGAGCGGGAGGAGCAGCAGCAGAAGAUGCUGAAGGCCGCGUUCGCGGAGACGGCCGGCGAGGGGAAUGGCAAAGACGGCGACGGCGAAGACGAUGACGACGACGAGCUGCCGCAGGCGGUGUUCGACCGCAUCCUGCGGCGGAUCCUGUUCACGGUGGGCGUGCCCAUGGCGACAGGCGUGGCGCUGCUCAGCGUGUACGAUGCGCUCAAGCGCGGGCGAGGGGUGGAGGUGCCGCAGUGGGUGCCGCUGCUCACGACCCUCGUCGCCUUCGGCACGUCGGCGCUCGGGAUCGCCUACGGGACGCUUUCCGCGAGCUGGGACCCCGACAAGGAAGGCUCCCUGCUCGGCAUCGACGAGGCCCGGACCAACUGGCCGGAGCUGUGGAAGGAAGAGAUCGAGAAGGAGGAGAAGAAAUAACUGCAACGGCAUAGAUGGCUGCAAACUGAAACUCUGUCAGUUUGAAAGCGCGUGGAUACAAAUCUUCAGAUCAGAGUGUCAAAUACUCCACUAGACUAGAUUAUCCAUUGGAAAUAGUAAGCGUGUUACUGACACUGAAUACUGAUACUGAUACAGGCUACAGCAGCAAAACCAUGAAACAGUUCAGUGUGGCUCUGCAAGGUCUCUGCAAUAGAAAUGUCAACACACUUGCCACAAAACAACACAGAGUCAGUUGAUUCGGUUCUCCUCAAA